UCUCUUUCUCCCACUGAAAGCUAGGGAUUCAAUUCAAGAGAGAGUCUCAGGUAUUUUCAUUUUCUUCUUCUUCAACUUCGAGUUACCCAAAAUUCCCGAGCUUCUCUCUUUGCUUUAUCAAGUCAUGCGGUGUGAAAUCGUGUCCCUUUCGUAAUUUUUCUUCUCACCUUUCAUCAAAACCUAAUAAUUUCAUCUCAUUUCAUUUCGUAUCAUACUUCGGUGCAGGAUGGAGAAAUUCAUAAUUCCCUGUUUUGUCUUAUUGGGAUGGAUUACGGUGGGAAUGGUAAACAAUCCAUUUCCAAUCAAUGCCACGGUCGGAUAUAACGAUUUGCACGCUGCAUUGCUCAGGAAUGGAUUUUACCUUGUUACAACCGAUCCUCCUCCUCCUAACCCUGUUACCACCAUCUCAUAGCAAGCCAUGUUCAAUUUCAACCGUUGUUUUCUGAGCAAUGCCACGGUGCAUACUGGACGCAACAAUUUACAUGCUUCUGGUGCGGAUGCAAGUGCACAAGGUCGACGAAAUAAGCAAAACAGAAAGAACUCAGGUAUCAAGAAGAAAUGGUUUAUACAUUCUCACAAUCAUGUUGGGCAUCGUGUUAUGAAGAAGCUGUGUGUUGUUUAUACUCACCUCUGAAUGUUUGUUUGGCUUCUGGAGAUUUGCAUAAGAGAAAUUUUCAUCAUUACAUCAAUCAAUGGGGUCAUUUCUUGAUUGCUUUUCCACAGGCUUAUGAUAUAGUGUUAGAAUCUUUAGAGGAUCAGCAAGAGGAUGUACAGGCUGCAAUCUUGGAGAAGAGGAACUUUAUUACACAAGAACUCCAAUGGCAUGCUUCAUUCAUCCAAGAGUGCGAUUUAGACCCUACAGCAGAGACCACUCAGCACUCUGUGACAGCCCAAUACGUUAACUUCUUGUUAGCCACUGCGUCUGGUAAUCAAGAUAUGGUACAUCUUGAAAUUCCAACCCCAGCUGAGAAGUUGAAGAUUGCUGCUCAUGUUCUUAGUGCCAUAACGCCAUGUGUGCGGGUCUCUGCCACGCUUGCUAAGCUUAUUAAGCCACUCACUAGACGUAACAAACGACCUCGCCGAUUCAAUAUGUGGAUUGAUAGAUACUCCUCUGAUGAAUUCGAGGCCUUGACUGUGCAAACUGAGGGGUUACUUGACUGGCUAAGCAACUCUUUGACGGACAAAGAGCGUAAAGUCCUGGGGGAGGUUUAUCAUCAAGCUAUGAAGCUUGAAGUAGAGUUUUUCUAUUCUCGCCUGUCUGUGCCAACUAAGCUCAUCCCUGUGUCACUCCUGCAUAACCGUGAGGAGGAACGUCUCCUGCUAUUUUCUGUUUUUGACUUUGCAUGCACUGCUGUGGAUUCUUUGCAAGGGUUAGAACAAAUGACAUUGUCAAGUGCCAAAGAGAAGUCAAUAGUUGGGCUGCCUCCUCGUCCUGGUCGAAGGCCUCGUCCAGGGAACACACAUCUUCAAAUGUCACGUGCGGAUUUGCAAAAAGCAUGGGAUGCUAUUGUUGUCUUUGAUAAGAGGGAGAUGGAUGAGUGGUUGCUGAAAAUUCUGGUCAUUCCGAUAGCUGUGGGUUUUGACUACGACGGUCUUUGCAAAGUACUUGAGCAGCUCUCCGUGAUCAGGGAUAAUGGAAUUUCAAGAAUAAUUGAGACAGGUGUCCUGAAGGGUCUAAGCUUAUCGCGAAUGCAGCUCGCAGGGACAAGAAUGAAUCUCUAUCAUGGUUGUGUGAAUUUUUUUGAAAAGGUUUUCAGAAACGAAGCACUGAAUGCAUCAGCCCAUGUAAUUUCAUGCUGGUGUGAGGAUCUAAUGAGGUCGGCACUUCCAGGUGCACGUCGCUCUGCAGCCUUCUGGAUGGUCGUGGUCACACUGGCCACCCUUAUUUUGCCAUGCCAGCAGAUGGAAAGUCAGGCCAGCAAACGUAUGUUAGAAGCAGGCAUAAGUCUCGAAAGAGAUCCUAAGAAACAGAAAGUUCAGAAGAGUUCCAGUUACGAACCAUUCAUCAGAUGCUUAGCUUGCAGAAGAAGACUUCUGGCAUGGAACUUGUCUGUUGUAGUUAACAAUGAGCUAUUGGGUCUUCUUAGUGUCCGUGGAGGGCGAAUGGUGGCGCCAACGUGCAUGGAGAUUGGGAUGUGAUGCACUUGGACUUGGCUUGCCACCAUUGUCACAGUGU